UCCACCCUCUUGGAGCACCACACAGCAGCACUGCCCUUUACUAGUUUGAGUUUGAAUUCGCUCUUCAAUUCCUCCAGCUAGCUCCACCAUAAGUAUGGCGUCCUUUGGCAAAGUAGCAGCCCUGUUGCUGCUGCUGCUGAGCUUCUGUGGGGCGUCCAUGGGCAACUUCUGGACGGACGUCGACAUUACGUGGGGCGGUUCACGAGCCGCCAUCACCAACAACGGCCAGCAGCUCCAACUGUCCAUGGACAGGACCUCCGGCUCCGGCUUUCAGUCCAAGAACGAGUACCUAUUCGGCAGGUUCGACAUGAAGAUAAAGCUCGUCCCCGGCAACUCCGCCGGCACCGUCACCGCCUACUACCUAUCCUCUCAAGGGCCUACCCAUGACGAGAUAGAUAUGGAGUUCCUGGGCAACGAAACCGGGCAGCCCUACACCCUUCACACCAACGUCUACACGCAGGGGAAGGGCAACAGGGAGCAGCAGUUCCGCCUCUGGUUCGACCCAACCGCCGACUUCCACACUUACACCAUCCUCUGGAAUCCUCGCCUAGUAAUGUUCUACGUGGACGGGACUCUGAUAAGGAUGUUCAGGAACCAUGAGUCGGCGGGCGUGGCUUACCCGAGCAGGCAGGCCAUGAGGAUGUACUCCAGCCUGUGGGACGCCGAGGACUGGGCAACCCAGGGCGGCCGCGUCAAGACCGACUGGUCCAAGGCUCCUUUUGUGGCCACCUUCGGCGACAUCGCCAUCAACGGCUGCGUCUGGAAGGGCUCCGCCUCUUCCUGCGGCGCUUCCUCUUCCAGUUGGAUGAACCAAGCAGCCGCCUCCUCUGACCUACAGAAGAUGCAGUGGGUACAGAGGAACUACAUGAUCUACAACUACUGCAAGGACGUCAACCGAUUCCCCCAGGGUCUUCCGGCCGAAUGCUCCCUCGCUUGAUCCUUCCGCGACAUACCAACAUAGAAAUGUUCCCCCUAUAUCGUGUAUACCCAUAUUCUUUCAUUCGUGCUUGCCAUCGAUAAGCUUGUCUUUCCCUUCAAUUUUUUGCCUGAACGUUUUUCUUCAGGCAAUUGCAACAGAGAUGUGGAAUAAGUACUUCACUUGUAUGCAUGACAUUGUACCAUAAGAAUAAGAACUUCUCUUAUAUUUGUUCUCUA